AUGAAUCAUGAAGGUUAUGAUAUUGGAGAUGAUCAAUAUUCUAUAACAUAUGAUGGAUGUCGAAAUUUAGUUUGGUUUGGAGCAAAAUCUAUACCUCAUAAUAAUCCAAUUUGGAAACCUGGUGAUAUUGUUGGUUGUUUAAUUGAUUUUGAUCGACGUGAAGUUAUAUUUUCAUUAAAUGGUCAUUCACUUGAUCCAUUUCGUAAAUUAUUUUCAUCCCCAUUAGAUCCUAUCACUGAUGGAUAUUUUGCUGCAGCAAGUUUUAUGUCUUGUCAACAUUAUCGUUUUAAUUUUAGUUCAACUCUAUUUCGUUAUCCACUAAAAAAUGUAUGUUCAUUUAAAGCAUUCAAUGAGUAUGGUCAUUUAUCAGAUGACGAAAAACUCAUUUUACCAAAAUAUAAAAAACUUGAAUUAUUAUGUGCAAUUAAAAUAAGUGAACAAGCUAAUAUAUUACUUAAACCUUGUCAACAUACUGGUUUUUGUGAAAAAUGUGCUGCGAAAUUAGAUAUUUGUCCUAUAUGUCGUUCGGAUAUUCACGAACCAUCGAUAAUAACUGAUUGA